CCUCUGUGACGUCAUCCGGAACCCGACGAGGCGGGGCCGCGGGUCCAGGCGGCCGGAGGGUCCUCGCCGAGUCGUGAUGAGCGAGGGCAGCGCGGGCGACCCGGGCCAUGGGUCCAGCAGGCAGCGGGCCGUACACCCAGAGAACCUGUCUGUAGGUUCCAACUACUUCUCUCCGCCUGUGAACUUCCUUCAAGAGCUGCCAAGCUAUCGGUCAGUAGCACGUAGGAGGACAAACAUCCUCUCUCGGGACAAGCAGAGUGGCACCCUGCUGAAGCCGACAGACUCUUUCAGUUCCCAGCUGGAUGGAGGAAUCACAGAAAACCUCAACAGCCAAUCCAUCCGCAAGUAUGCGCUGAACAUCUCUGAGAAGCGGAGACUAAGGGACAUCCAGGAAACCCAGAUGAAGUAUUUAUCAGAGUGGGACCAGUGGAAACGGUACAGCAGCAAGUCCUGGAAGAGGUUCCUAGAGAAAGCGCGAGAGAUGACGACCCACCUGGAACUGUGGCGCAAAGACAUCCGCAGCAUUGAAGGGAAGUUUGGCACGGGGAUCCAGUCCUACUUCUCCUUCCUGCGGUUCCUGGUGGUGCUGAACCUGGUGAUAUUCCUGAUCAUCUUCAUGUUGGUUUUGCUCCCAAUCAUACUGACCAAGUACAAGAUUACCAACAGCACUUUCGUGCUCAUUCCGUUCAAAGACAUGGAUAUUCAGUGCACACUGUAUCCAAUAAGUAGCUCUGGGCUCAUUUACUUCUACAGUUACAUCAUAGACCUGCUGUCUGGCACGGGAUUCUUGGAGGAGACCAGCCUUUUUUAUGGACACUAUACCAUCGAUGGUGUAAAAUUCCAGAACUUCACAUAUGAUCUGCCCCUGGCUUACUUGGUAAGCACGAUCGCCUACCUGGCCCUGAGCCUUCUUUGGAUAGUGAAAAGGUCGGUGGAAGGGUUCAAGAUCAACCUGAUUCGGAGUGAGGAGCACUUUCAGAGUUACUGUAACAAGAUCUUUGCUGGCUGGGACUUCUGUAUCACCAACCGCAGCAUGGCCGAACUGAAGCACAGCAGCUUGCGGUAUGAGCUCAGAGCAGAUCUGGAAGAAGAGAGAAUCCGACAGAAAAUAGCAGAAAGGACUUCAGAGGAAACCAUCCGCAUUUACUCUUUGAGGCUGUUUCUGAACUGCAUUGUGCUGGCUGUGCUAGCUGCAUGCUUUUAUGCAAUCUACCUAGCAACUACUUUCUCACAAGAACACAUGAAAAAAGAAAUUGACAAGAUGGUUUUUGGGGAGAACCUGCUGAUAUUGUACCUCCCAUCCAUUGUGAUUACAUUGGCCAAUUUCAUCACCCCAAUCAUCUUUGCCAAGAUCAUCCACUACGAGGAUUACUCACCAGGCUUUGAGAUCCGCCUGACGAUUCUUAGGUGUGUCUUUAUGCGGCUGGCCACCAUCUGUGUGCUGGUGUUCACGCUGGGCUCCAAGAUUACAUCCUGUGGUGACAGCACGUGUGAACUCUGCGGCUAUAAUCAGAAACUCUACCCGUGCUGGGAGACUCAGGUGGGACAGGAGAUGUACAAGCUGAUGAUCUUCGACUUCAUCAUCAUCCUGGCCGUGACGCUGUUUGUGGAUUUCCCUAGGAAGCUCCUGGUGACCUACUGUGCCUCCUCAAAGCUGAUCCAGUGCUGGGGGCAGCAGGAAUUCGCCAUCCCGGACAAUGUCCUGGGCAUCGUGUACGGGCAGACCAUCUGCUGGAUUGGCGCCUUCUUCUCCCCACUCCUCCCUGCCAUCGCCACCUUGAAAUUUGUUAUCAUCUUUUAUGUGAAGGAGUUGAGUCUUCUCUACACCUGCAGACCCUCCCCACGCCAGUUCAGAGCAUCCAACUCUAACUUCUUCUUCCUGCUGGUGCUGCUGAUUGGGCUGUGCUUAGCGAUCAUACCUCUGACCAUCAGCAUGGCUCGCAUCCCUUCCUCAAAAGCCUGUGGCCCAUUUACCAACUUCAACACCACCUGGGAGGUUAUCCCCCAGACUGUGAGCACCUUCCCCAGCUCCCUGCAGACCCUGAUCCAUGGCGUUACAUCAGAAGCAUUUGCAGUGCCUUUCUUCAUGAUCAUCUGCCUCGUCAUGUUCUACUUCAUUGCGCUGGCUGGGGCACACAAGCGGGUGGUUGUACAGCUCCGAGAGCAGCUGUCCCUGGAGAGUCGUGACAAGCGUUAUCUUAUCCAGAAACUAACGGAAGCUCAGAGGGAUGUGCGGAGCCAGCCGGCGUCAUCGUGAGAUGCUGUCUGCAACUUCUCAGUACAUAACUCUGAUGACCCUACAAAGUCCACCUGGGGUUUGAGUGGAAAUGACAUUUGGUGACUUCACCAAGCAGGCUGACCCCCCAGGGUACGGUGGCUCGAUGUGAACUCCACCAAAACACUAACUUCUCCAGCUUCUCAGCCUCUCAAGACCAGAGAACGGAGACUUUUAUUUAUUUUGUUUUUGUUUAGACUUUUGUAUUUUUUUUAAAAAAAGUUUGUGUGUGUUGUUUUUUAGAGUAAAACUGAGAUUUCGUUGGAAGCCUUUCCAGGCUGAGUGAAUACCCUCCCAAAUGCCACAGGUGACUUAAAAUUAAACCUGAUGUCUUUUUUUCAAAUGAACAGGAAUCUUCAGAUGCUAAGGCUUAGAACAGCAGAUAGGAAUGUGGGAAUUAAGGCAGCAGAAAGGAAAUCCAUCCCUGCUGUGCACCCUAGUCACACUUGAAUUCCCGCCUGUGCCAGUCAGUGUCACCCCCUUGAGGAAGGGACUGGGACAGGUGGCAGUCUUAGCUUCUCAGCUCUCUGGGACUUUUCUCCAGCCUUGUUCACUCCUCCAGGGAAAUUGACUUUAGCCACUGGUUAGCCAUUAGCCUUUAGUCUCCACCUGGCCCCAAGUUCUAAGAUUUGGUGACAGGAUUGAAGAGCAGUAUAACCUUGCAAGGUACACAGACAGUUCCUCUCUGUUUUCCAAAUGUCAUUCCUCUUCCUUGCAUGGAACCUUCAUUCCUGAAGGACAUGGAGCAUUUCAGAGCCAGGCUGCAACAUGCUUUUUGGUAUUGGAGCUGGGGGUAAGGAUCAGGGGUGUUAUAUGUGUGAUUUCAGAUGUAGGUUCACAGCCUAGCCUGUUCAUAAGAAUGGCCCAUAAUACAAACAUAGGUUGGGUUCUGAUUACUUAAGUACAUAUUCAAAGGGCUAGGUUUUGUUUGCCUCAGUUUAAAACUGUGUGUACCUUUGUUUUUAUAAAACAUUACAAAGACAGAGUAUCUCUUAAGAUCUCCGGUAUAGUAAAAUCCGUAUUUAAUAAAUACCUCAUCCUAAGCCUCCUCAGAGGUGACCCUUUUAGUGGUGUCUAAUUUGAUCUGCUUUCACUUUAAGGUCUUUGUCAGUGUGCUGCAGUCCUGUGAUGGACAGGUGGAGUCUUCUACUGUUUUUCACUGGCUCCUAACCUUUAAAAUUCAAUUAAUGUUUUAGAGAGCUGCCAAGGAUUUCCCUGCUCUGACCACUGCCUUGUUCCUCAAAAAUGAUUGGCUUCUCUCUCUGGAAGCAAAGCAAACUUGUUGUGACUUAC